CCUGGGUUCCGGGUCCCGGGUCCCCAGAGAGGUGAGUCGGCUGCAGGUGGACUCGGGUGCUGGUGUCGCAGGCGCCGGGCCGAGCUCGCACCUCGCCGCGCCGCCGAGCUGCGUGUGCGAUUACAGCGGCUUCGCCAGGCCGGAGCCCGGCUGGGCCGCGGACCUGCGCCGCUCGGCCUGCCGCGCCUCACCGCGUCGCGCUCGCGUGGGCAGACUCCCCGCGCACUGGCCACCCGGCCCGCUCUGGGGCCUCCCGGGGCCUGUGCUACCGCUCCCCGCAGGAUGCUCGCGGUCAGCGUCAGCCGGCUUGCUGGAGAGUUGGAGCGAGCUACCUGUAAGACGGCUUGAACUUUUCCUCGGAAUUCCAGUCCAGCCCGUUAGGUCGUAUUGCUCAUCUCAUCGGAAAACUUGUGUGCUUAUUACGAAAUAAAGGAAAUAUUUUCUCCAUUGCCCUUAGGACGUUAUGACUUUUUUCCUUUGCAAGUCAGUUUUAAAAACUGACGGAAACACAAACUCCCUCCCAGGACCUGUAUCGUAUUCAGAGUUUGGGGUAAAGGCUAGCAAAUGAGAAGGCCUUGUCUCUGCAAUCGUCCUCCCUAACAUCUGGGAGGAGCUUCGUUUCUAUCGUCUUUCUAGCAUUCGGAGAGACUUCUCCAGGGUCAUGAUCCCGAAGGCUUGACCAGUUUACAAGGAGAAAGUUGUUGUUUUCUUGAACCCCCAAAAUGGCAGCUAAAAUGGAAAUAACUUUGAGUUCCCAGACUCAGGCUUCCUCCAAGCAAGAGAGACACAUAAUAACAAAGCUAGAAGAGAAACGAACACCUACUCUGCAAAAAAACUGCCCGGAUCCUGAGCUCUCCCGACAGAGCUUCAGACGGUUUUGUUAUCAAGAGGUGUCUGGACCCCAAGAGGCACUCUCCCAGCUCCGACAGCUCUGCCGGCAGUGGCUGCAGCCGGAGCUGCACACCAAGGAGCAGAUUUUGGAGCUCCUGGUGAUGGAACAGUUCCUAAUCAUCCUGCCCCCGGAAAUCCAGGCUCGAGUCAGGCAUCGAUGCCCAAUGAGCAGCAAGGAGAUUGUGACCCUAGUAGAAGACUUUCACAGAGCAUCCAAGAAACCAAAGCAGUGGGUGGCCGUUUGUAUGCAGGGGCAGAAGGUGCUGUUGGAGAAAACUGGAUCACAGCUUGGAGAACAGGAACUGCCAGACUUUCACCCACAAAUUCCUAGGAGAGAUGUUAGGGAGAGCUCUAUGGAGGAGCCUUCCCAGGAAGGAUCUCGUGACCGGCUGAGCCCCCAUCACUGGGAGAAAUCCCCACUCCCCCAAGAACCAGCUCCCACAUUGACUGGGACAGAGGCCCCCAGAAUGAGGAGUGACAACAAGGAAAAUCCACAACAGGAAGGAGCUAAAGGAGCAAAGUCAUGUGUAGUGUCAGCUGGCAGAUCCAAAGGGAAUGGUCUGCAGAGCCCUGAACCAAGAGGGGCAAACAUGAGUGAGCCCCGGUUGUCUCGGAGGCAGGUAAGCCCCCCAACUGCUCAGAAGCCAUUUGCUCACUACCAGAGACAUUGCAGGGAACUGGAAUACAUCAGCAGCCCCCUCAAAAGCCACCCGCUGAGAGAGCUGAAGAAGAGCAAAGGAGUUAAAAGAAGCCUGAGCAGUCGCUUGCAGCGUCUUGGUCACCAGCCAACACGCUCUGCAAAGAAACCUUACAAAUGUGAUGACUGUGGGAAAAGCUUCACGUGGAAUUCGGAGCUGAAGCGACACAAGAGAGUGCACACAGGAGAGAGACCCUACACCUGCGGAGAGUGUGGAAACUGCUUUGGGCGGCAGUCAACCCUGAAACUGCACCAGAGGAUCCACACUGGAGAGAAGCCGUACCAGUGCAGCCAGUGUGGGAAAAGCUUUCGCCAAAGCUCAAACCUUCACCAACACCACAGGCUCCACCACGGGGACUGAAGAGGGCUUCAGGCUUCACAGUCCCAGGGAAGGGCUUGGUGUACCUCCUUCCCCUCCUGGCACAUAAAUCAGACCAUCUGUGUGACUUAACAGGGAAAGCAAGUGGCCUUGGGGAGUGACGGUGCAUGCUUGGCUAGUGAGGAGCACCAAAAGACUGUCCGGGACCUCCUGCACACACUGACGGGGUGAAGAGACAGCAGUCCUGGGCACUGGGACAAAGAGAACUGCGUAUCUGCAGAGAGUGGAGAGCAACUACUGAAGGAGAAUCAGGAGGAUCCCUCAGGUGACCCCCAUUGCUGCUACCCUCCCAUAGCAUUACUUAUCCUCAAAUACACUGAAGGUAAAUUCCAGAGUUGCACACUUGCUGUCAUUCCACACAGUACCUUUAAUCUGUACACUUGAGCAGUUCUCCACAAUUUCAAGACAACACACAUUGGAAAAUAAAUCCCCUCGUGUUCUUUUUGUAAUGCCUAUUUAUAACAAAGGAGAGGAUUUAGAAAAAAACUCCACACAACGGCUACAACCCUAACCAAGGAGAUGGAGAAAAGCCAUGGCAAGGAGGAAGUGAUGGAGAAAGACUGCUUGGAGAUGUAAGGGGGGUGCUGCCUGCUCUGCUCUCUCACCUGGGCCAUGAGCUUUACAAAUAUCAAAAUGAGUAGAUUGAGAACAGUGUUUAAAACUGGAUUAUAGUGAUGGUCACACAACUCAGUGACCUUACAAAAAGUCAUUGAAAUGAGUUAACUUUAUGAUAUAUAAAUUGUACCUCCAUAGCAUUUUUUUAAAUGACAAAAUAUAUUUAUAUAAAAUGUUAAAAGUCCCAGAACUAGGCCUGGGAGAUCAUCUAAUUCCACUUCCUCAUUUUCUUACAAAGUAGAAAUUAAAAACUAAUGAGUAUAUGAUUCCAGGUCACCCUAGGCAAGCCAGCCCACUCCUCAGUUUAAGGAAAACUCUUGGCAGAUUGGUGCACUGCCUCAUGCAGAAUUGUGGCCUAUGCUCUUCUGCCCCCAAGAAGCUCAUAUUCCGCUUAACUGCCAUGGGACGAGAGCAUACCUGAGGGUCUUCACUCAGCAUCUCUGCACACACUGUUUCUUUGCCUUUUAUUCUUGCUGCCCCUCACUCCAUCUUCCCUCCUCCAUCUCACAAGAGCUGCCUAUGCAAAUCCCUGGGCAAACUUGUGUUGUAAUCAUGGGUCUUCUUUCCUAGACUGCAUAAGCUGGGCUUGUUCAACCUGGCAGCAUUCUUACCCGCCAGGGGACAUCUGGCAAUGCCUAGAGACAUUUCAGGUUGUUGUGACUCGGGAGGAAGGGUUCUCUUGGCCUCUAGCAGGUGGAGCUCAGGAAUCCUACAGUGCAUAGGAGAAUGCCCCCAACAGCCAUCUGGCCUAGCAUGUCAGUUAUCCUGGGCUAGGAAACUGCCAUUCCUCUUAGCAACCCCUUCAAGACAAGAACCUUGUUUUCUAUCAUUUCAGCUUUUGAACUUGGCCCAUGCCCAGCCCAAAAAAUUGUGUUCAGUAGUUGAAUAGUUGAGGCCCUGACCUCAGGGCCCACUCUGCCUGAAUUCAGAGAUCCUAGUGAAAGUCUAUUUAGAGGUUUAUAGAAAGUCCAGUGACUUUCCCCCUAGCUUUGGUGGCCCUGGAGGCUCUAAUCACAGGUCUCCUUCCCAACUGUAUAUUAGGUCAUGGAAGAAUUAUAUUUUCAACAUUCAGCCUGCCCCUCACCUCACUCCAUGCAGCCUGUCACUGGCCAAAGCCUCUAGAUCUCUCAUUCCCUUCUUGCCCUGCCCCUUUCUCCAGGCCAGAUUCAUGUUGUUAAUUACUAGCACUUGACCCUUCCUGCCACUGCUUGCCUGGAGGUGAGCCUUAUACCAAAAGAAAACCAGGCCAGGACAGUCAGUCAUAUCUGUAUUAGUUACUCACUGGUGCUGUAACAAAGUGUGCAAACUUAGUGGCUUAAAACAGCAGAAGCUUCUAUAGUUCUGAAAGUCAGAAGUCCAAAACUGGUUUUACUCAGCUGAAAUCAAGCUGUGGUGGGGGCUGGUUCCUCCUGGAGACUCAGACUGUCUUGACGUUUCCAGCUUCAGUAGUCACCUGCAUCCUGUGAGUCGUGGUCCCUCCUCCAUCUUCAGGAUGCAUCCCUCUCUUUCAUCAUGUUGCCUUCUUGGACACUGGCUCUCCUCUCUUCCUCUUACAAAGACUGUCUUCAUACUGGGUCUACCAAGAUCCUUAAUAACAUCUGUAAAGUCCCUUUUGCCAUAUAAGGUAACAUGCACGGGUUCAGGGAUUAAGAUGUGGAUGUAUUUGGGGAACAUGAUUCAGCCUACCACCCAUAUCUGUCCUGAGGCAACCUGAUUGAUCAAAAAGGAUUUCCUGAAAGAGAAAGAACUUCCAGUUCUCUUAUUUAUAAGGGUAGACAUAGGGACUCUUCUUAAGUAAGAGUUUUUGCUGCUUGGCAUUUUCCCUCUCUUCAGAUUACCAGAUCAGUAAUUGUCUAACCUUAGUGUCUUUGGCUACCUGUUCAGUGGUGGACCUUGAAUAAGUGUGUCAAAAUCAACAUUCUGAACACUAUUCUUUUCCAGAAUGUGUCAAGUCUGAUGUUGACUGACCUGUCCUGGCCUGGUUUUCUUUUGGUAUAAGGCUCACCUCCAGGCAAGCAGUGGCAGGAAGGGUCAAGUGGCCUGGAAGAAGGCCCCUGGGUAUAGUAUUCAUAUGGUGUGCUCCCCUUGGCCCCCUUGCUCAUGCAUAGUGCCCUGAAGCAUCAGCAUGACUCUGACCUGCUAGCAUGCAACCAGCUUCUGUUUAUAGCACCCUAGAGUAAUAAAAGGGCCUUUCUCCUCCCACGUGUAGCCCUUGCCUGUGGAGCAGGCCAUUAGGUUCUGCCAUCUUCAGACCUUGCCUAGCACCUACCUGUGUCAGGGUGGAGGUAACUCCUGCUCCAGAUAUGUGGUCACUCAGGAAGAUGGGAGGAGAGGGUAUGGCUAGUGCAUAGUGGGGUACCCAUGUCACAUGCCUUUCUGAAGAGCAUUUUCCAUCUGUAGCAGAUGAGGACUUGUAAACCCAUCCCAUAAUACCAUUAUCACUCCCAGUAAAUUAGCAGCAACUCCUGACUCUAUGAUAGGUUGAAAUUUCUCCCUUUGUUUCUGGAAACAGAAAUGCUACCUUUGACCACUUCACUGGGAUACUGCACAUACCAAAAAAUUCAUGCAGUUACAAAGUGUACAGUUCAGUGAUAACAGUGUGUUCAGAGUCAUGCAACUAUCACCACAGUGUAACUUUAGAACACCUUCAACAGCCCAAAAGAAACCAUUUAACCAUCAGCAAUCACCCUCUACUCCUGCCCCAUCUCGAGUCUUCUUCCUUCAUUGACUGAGCAUAAUGUCUUCAAGGUCAUCCAUGUUGUAUCAUGUAUUAGGAAUUUAUUCUUAUUGCCAAAUAAUACUCCAUUGUAUGAAUGGAACACACUUUGUUGGUUCAUCCAUCACUGAUAAGACAUUUGGGUUUCCACUUUGAGGCUGCUGUAAAUAAUGCUGCUAAGAACAUCGAUACACAGCUUUUAUGUCUUUAUUUCUCCCGUGUGUAUACCUAGAGGUGGAGUUUCUGGGUGGUGUGGUAAUCCCGUGUUUAACUCUUCUAGGAAAUACAACUUUUUCCAAGUGGCUGCAUCGUCUUACAUUCCUGCUGGCAGUGUGUGAGAGUCCCAGUUUCCCCAGUACUUGCUAUUGUCUAUCUUUUUCAUUACUGCCAUCCUAGUGAGUGUGAAGUGGUAUCUUGUGAUUUUGAUUUUCAUUUCCCUAAUAACUAAUGAUGUUUGGAAUCUUUUAAUGUGUUUACUGGCCACUUGUAAACCUGCUUUGAAGACAUGGCUAUUUAAAACCUCUUCCCAGUUUUAAUUGAGUUGCUUGUUUUUAUUGUCUGGUUGUAAGAAUUCUUUUAAAAUUCUGGAAUUAAGUCCUUAUCAGAUA